AUGGCGUCGUCUGGCGAUUUCGCUUCGGAGAUUCUCCUGGCCCUGUCCAAAUCAGACCCUAUUCUGUCCCAAGAAACCUUCCCCAAUGCCACCUUCGCAGAGAUCAAAGCAGCUCUCGACAAGCUUGCGUCGCGGUCCAUGGUCACAUACAAAACGAUAGAAAAAGACGAAGCAGCCCUCGAGCCUGAGGCUGAGGGGAUAGUCGCCAAUGGCAGUCACGAAGCAAGAGUCUUUGAAGCGUUGCGACAGGCAGUUGAGGGCCUCACUGUCCAGGAUCUCGAGAAGGCCAUCGGUGACAAGAACGUCACCAAGGUUGGCCAGGGAAAAGCCUUCAAGGAGAAGUGGAUUUCAAAAACGAGCGACGGCAAGCUCAAAGCAUCUACCGAUGCGAUCAAAGACACGACCAGGGAACAGCUCAGGACUAUCCAGGAGACGAAAACCUUCCCCGAUGCCAAAAUCCUAACCGAUUUGAAGAAGCGCAAGCUGGUCAAGAUGCAGAAAGUGAUUCACUUCAGGAUACAGAAGGGCGACAAGUUCGCCUUGGAAAUCACCAAGGAGGAGACAGACCUGACGGCAGAGAUGCUGCAUUCUGGCGCAUGGAAGACUGCGACCUUCAAACCCUACAAUUUCAAGGCACUGGGAGCGGAUCAGCGGGCGGGAGCCCUGCACCCAUUGAACAAAGUGCGAUCCGAGUUCCGGCAAAUCUUCUUUGACAUGGGCUUCGAGGAGAUGCCGACAAGCAAGUUCGUCGAGUCCGGGUUCUGGAACUUUGAUGCGCUCUUCGUGCCACAGCAACAUCCUGCCCGGGACCUGCAGGAUACCUUCUACAUCUCGGAUCCCAAACAAGCAGACCUGCCUCGAGCGACUGGCCCAGACGACAAGGCCGACUAUAAGACAUACGUGGAGAACAUCAGGGCGGUGCAUGAGAACGGGAAGUUUGGCUCGAUUGGCUACAGAUACCCUUGGUCAGAAGAGGAGUCAAAGAAACUGGUUCUGCGGACACAUACGACUGCCAUCUCGACAGCUGUGCUUCACAAGCUGGCCCAACAGAAGGGCCCCGAUGGACGACCACCACCAGCAAAGUACUUCUCAAUUGACAGAGUUUUCCGAAACGAAUCAGUUGACGCGACUCACUUGGCAGAAUUCCACCAGGUCGAGGGUGUCGUAGCUGACUACGGCCUGACCCUAGGAGGUCUGAUGUCGUUCAUGGAGGAUUUCUUCAACAGGAUGGGGAUAACAGACCUAAAGUUCAAGCCUGCAUACAACCCUUACACCGAGCCGAGUAUGGAGAUCUUCAGCUUCCACAAGGGCCUGAACAAAAUCGUCGAGAUCGGCAACAGCGGUAUGUUCCGGCCUGAGAUGCUGGAGCCCAUGGGUUUGCCCAAGGACAUGCGUGUGUACGGUUUUGGCCUUAGUCUGGAGAGACCGACCAUGAUCAAGUACGGCAUCUCGAAUAUCCGCGAGCUGCUUGGACACAAGGUGGACCUGAACUUCAUCGAACGGAAUCCAGCUGUCCGUUUCUAG